GAGAUUUUCAGGCUCUGUCUCAGCUCAGAUAAAGAACAACAGCUCACUAAUUUUGUUUGUUGUCUCAGUGUUUGGUGUGUUGGUUACUGGCUUUGUUAUAUCAAGUUUAUUCUGAAAGUUCAGCUUCCUGCAUGAUGGCUGACAAACCUGACAUCAGUGAGAUCUCCCACUUUGAUAAAUCUAAACUGAAGAAGACUGAGACUCAGGAGAAGAAUACCCUCCCUACCAAAGAGGUAAUUGAACAGGAGAAGCAGUGUGAUUCAUAACAACCUGCUCCUGUUCAUCACCAGGAGUUCAAGUUCCAAGGUUUUCCAGUCCUUCCAUGAGCAAAAUGGUUUCUCAACCAGCAGAGCUACCUGGACAAGUUUUGAAGUUGCUCCCUGAGAAUAAAUGGGGGUGAUGCCAUGUUAUUGAACUUGGAAUAAAGUUAUGGACAUGCA